AUGUCCAACGAGUUGACCGAGGUGUUCGUGGGCCUGAGCAGCGAUAUUCUGGAUGAUGGUGUCGUGCUCUUCCCAAAUGACAGCAUCUUGAACAUCUCCAUCAAGAUGGCUGCCCUGGGCUCGCUUCCAUCGAUCACCCACAUCCUCCGAGGCCUGGUUCCACACCAAGUCCUUCACGCCGAGCCCGAUGCAACCAAGACCCACAAGAUCUGGUACUUUGAUGGGCUCCUCUGGAAGCAUGUGGAUCUGGACUACGCCCUGACCAAGCUUCUCACUGAUCCCCAGGGCGCCUUCCAGGGGUGGGUCGAAGUGGUUCGAGCAAGGUAUGCCAGCUCGAACAAGCUCAAACAUGCCAAGGAUGUGGUCAAGGAGAUCAAGCACACUCUGGGAAGCAUCCCAGACAUCAUCAAAGACAGGUACAGAUUCGCCCUGGCGUUCCAGCACGAAAAAUUCAACAUCGAGACCUUUGCCAUCACCCACGCCAAUGCAUCGACCAACACCAUCCUCUUCGCCAAUGGGAUUGUGAUGGAGCUGCCUGGCCUCAAGGCUCGUCGGGUCAAUGCUGGCGACUGCUUCACCCACUCGCUUCCAGUCUCGUACGUGGUUGACGACUUUUAUUCUGGCGUCGAUGGCAAAGUCUACGUGCUGGAGGAGAUAAUUCGCUCGAUGCUGGGCAAGAGCAGUGACAGAGAGUACCACUUGCUCUUACCAUGCAUUGAGCUCGCGCAUCCUGAGCGUCCCAGGCAAUAG